AUGUCUACUAUCCAAUCUAUUCAAGAGAGUUCUACUAGUAAUAAUAUCCUAGAGAACAACUAUGACCUGGACUAUUACUACGAAUAUACUACCUUCUUUAUAAGGAAAUAUAUUAAUCGUAGCUCUACUGUUAAGAGCACCCGUAUCGAUAAGACUCUUAAGGCUAUUAUUAAUUAUACUCGACAAUCUCUUAAUAACGGCAAUACUACCGGCGGAUACUUUCUUCUCGAUUACCUUAAUAAAGUACGGAUUAUCUACUUUAUUAAGAGGCUAAAGUACUAUAACUUCUCGGGAUAUAAAGAGAUAAUUAAUAUCAUCUAUAAACCAGCGGAUAGAAGAAUCAAGAUUGACCUCGACCUACGCAAGUUUCUUAAUAGCUAUAAGGACGAUAUAUACGCUACUAUGCUCUUAAACCGGAUUAACGGAUAUCUUAUUAGGUAUAGUCUAUACUUUAAGGAUCUUAAUCUUGCAAAAUCCUUUACUACUAAUAAGAUAAUUACUUAUAGCAACUACUUUACUUAUAAGGAUUCUAUCUCUAAGGACCAAAGCUACUACUAUUAUACGGAUAUUCUUGACGAUCUUACCUUUCUUGGAACAUUAAACUACUAUACGGAGAUUAAACCGGAACAUAAGGAUACUAUUCUAUAUUUCAUCGAAACUACGCCUAAGGAAGAUAUUAAAUCUAUUACGCCGGAUAAACUUAAGGAGAUACUAUUAAAUCCUUUAACAAUUCUUAGCCCUACGGACGAUUCUAAUACUCUUAACUUAGAUCUUAAUAUACUGGAUACCGACUAUUUUGAGGAUUAUAAUACUUGUAAUAAUAAAGAGGACUUACUAGGAUAUAAGGAUAGUAGUAGAGAUUCUAGGGAAUAUUGGACAGAAAGGGAAGGUAUAGAUACUAGGAUGCUAGAUAUAAGCGAGAUUGAGGAGAAGGAUAGGCUUAAUAGUAGAACUACCUCUCAAGAAUAUAAGGAGGAGAAUAGAGCAAUUAAUGCUCUAGAUCUAGCUAUAGCUUAG